AAUUUUUUGUUGUAUUGUUUAAUAUGUUAAUUGUUUGUAUAAAUUAUUGAUACUGUUUAAUGAAAUAGCAAAUAAAAUAGUAUACAACAUAAUAAAAAUGAAUUUUGUUUAUUUAACAUUUUUAUUGUUAUAUUCUGUUAUUAAUAUAAUCGAGGCUAUCAAAUAUAACACGGAUUCACAUAAAAACAGUUUGUUUUUCAUAUACAACGAGACGGCCGAUUGGCAGUCAGCGGAUAGAGUGUGUCGACAGCAAAACCUACAGCUGGUUGUCGUCCAAGACGUCAAUUAUGAUGUCAAAGGGUUUGCCAUACGAUUGGAUUCACUGUCAUCAUCGGUAGAUAACAGCAACAGUCAAAGUAAGAGCACAUACUAUGCAAUACCUCAGUCAGAGUCAGCCAAAGAUCAUCAGUCGUCAAUGUCCUACAAAAACUCAAUCCACAAACGAGAUAUAACUUAUGCUAAAUAUGAGAUCAGGUGUAUAGUCGUUGAUAAGGAUUUACAAAAUGUUUGGAUACAGAAGCCAUGUGUGGAAAGUGCCGUUGGAUUUAUGUGUUCAAAAUCUACAAUUCAUCUGAAAAUUGUUAAAUCCCGUUACCUGUUAAGCCUACAGGACAACAAUGAUAUUGAUAGUGAUCCUGAUUAUAAUGAUUAUGUAUGUCCAACAUAUCAAUACAAGUCAAGUGAUAGAAAAUCUAGUCUAAAAUGGUUGGACAUUGACAAGGGAUUGCAGUUUUGCUAUCUGUUCAGCGCUGACAUAGGAAACAGUCUAUUGAAGACUACAUGGGCUGAGGCAUCCUUAAAAUGUAAGUCAAUCAACGGAAAUCUCGUUGCAAUUCAUGAAUCGACACAUAAGAGUCUAUUGAAAGUCAUCGAUAAAUUACGGGACAGUACUUGGAUUGGUUUACGGGAAACACAAACUGGACAAUUUGAAUGGGAAGAUAACUCAGCUUUAGAUUUCACUCAAUGGGAUACCGGAGCCAAUGGAGACUAUAAGAAAUGUGUGUCAAUGCGAACCACUGAUCUCAAAUGGACAGCCCAUCCAUGUUUUGAUAUCACUUAUAUGUAUGAUUUUAUUUGUCAAAUCAAAAAAGUAUUGCCGGGCAAUGUGUCGACUGUCGAGCCAUCCCACGAACCAUUGGAAUCACCGCAAGUGGUCACCGAAAUGCCCGCUAUAGUCAUGUAUUUUAUGAUAAUAAUGGGCGUUGUUUUGGUGGUCAGUGUCGGCGCUAACAUUGUUUUUGUCUCCAAACGUGUAAAACUGAUUAAUAUGAUAAACAGUAAUAACAAUAGACCGACAAAUUCUGGCCAUAAUAUUGAGUGUACCACUGAAAGCACUGUUAGUAAAAGCACAGGUAGUAGUAGUAGUAGUAAUGGCAGUGUCUGUGAUAAUAACAAUAAGAAUAUUAGUGAAUCAAUGGAAAGGAGACGCCGUUUCAAUGAAAUGCUUCAUUCAAAUGAUCCAAAUGUUGUGUUUAGUAAUAUUAAACUUAAAAAUUAAUUAAUUAACUAAUAGU